AUGAGCGACCUUGAAUUGGUGAAGAAGAUGCUGCGUGCUGUUCUUCAGAGCAGUAAGAAUGGCGUAGCCAUAACUCGUCUCCAGAGAGAUUACCGUGAACUGACUGGAGAUGUGAUUCCUCACCGGAAGUUUGGACAUACCUCUCUGGAAAGCUUUCUGUUCAGUAUUCCUGGUGUGGUGCGAGUUGAUCGCUCUUAUACUGGAGAGGUCAUCUGUUUUGCUGCUGUGUGUGAGGAAACUGCACAUAUUGCACAGUUAGUUGCCAGGCAGAAGAAUGCGAAGAAGCCUGGCUCCUCUAAAUUACUGAACUGCCAAAUGAGAACAAAGUCUUCCUCUCUGUUUUCACUUAAUGUUAAACCUCGAUCAUCACUGCGGCAGCCGGGCCACAUGAGUCAUCCCAUUCGAAUCUCUGCCGCCAAGUCUAGUUCUCAUCCUAACCAGCGUCAGGUUUACAGUUCUGACCUGCCCUCCACCCGUGCACCUUCCCGUCAGAUGAGCCGGAAACCAGGGUCACCGGGAACUGGAUCCGCACCUAACAGAUUCCAUGCAGAUAUGAAGACACAGCCGUAUCAAACCAGUCGGAAACCAGUUCAGAUUAAGAAUGUGAACCGUGCUGAAAUUGAGAUGGUCCAGAGUCGUGUCAAACAGCUUUUACAGAAGUACUGCAGUGGGGUCUGGCUGUCCAAAAUCCCUCAGCUCUACAAAGAGAUGUUUAAGGAAGAGCUUCACAUGCACAAAGAUCUGGAGACCUGGACACAUAUCUGCACUGUUGAGAAGCUAGGCAGCAAUAAUAUAGUGGACCGGCUGGUGUAUCCUGUCUUGGAAACUUCUCCAAAAUCCAAACCUGCUACAUCUCCUAAUACUGCCACAUUCAAACAAUCAACACCUGCCCAGCAGACAACUCGAAGCUUCAGGACUCUCAAGAUUGACAUUCCUCCAUUAGUUCAGGAAUCCCAUUCUCCUUUAAGCCCAACAUCGCCCAACUCCACCAAGCUUGAAUUUUCAAUUCCUGAAACAUCCAAAUCUUCCACAUCUUCGAUCAUAACUCCUCCCACGACCCCGCCUCCUCACCAGCCUCUGACUUUAGAGAUCAAGCAGAAACUGCGGCAGCUGCUGAAUAAAUACAGCCAGGGCUUGUGGGCUCAUGGAGUUCCUCAGCUUUUCAAGGAAGCCUUUGGAUGUGAGUUUCCACACUACGCAUUGGAGAAUCUGUCUUUGCUGGCUGAUACAUGCAUGGUUGAGUACCCCAUGCCAGAUAAUCGGAAAAGAGCAAUACUGUAUGCACUACCAUCUCGUGUUGAAACGCAGCCUCGUCCCCGACCACGCCCAUUGCUUAUAGCCUGCCCUAGCAAUUCAUACGUGCCACCUCUGACUAUCCCAACAACAGAGUUUUUGUCUGUUUUGGUGAUGGAGAUCACCAGCACUAACAAUGUUGUUCUCAGGUUUGUGGGUGAGGAGUACUCUAAAGCUCUGGAGAAGAUGGAAGAAGACAUGGUUAAGUUUUACAAUAACAUUGGUGCUGGACUUUGUCUCCUUUCUCCAAAGAUUGGACAGCUGGUGGCAGUUGCUAUAGAGGAAGAUGCUGUACUGAGAGCUCAGGUCCACCAGGUCACAGAAGACAGUGUGAAGGUAUACUGUAUGGAUCACGGGUUCUUCGAGGUGGUCAGUCGGAAGAAGCUACUACAGCUGAGAGACCAGUUUCUCACUCUUCCCUUCCAGGCAACCAUUUGUCAACUUGCAGGUUUGGAGCCCUUCAGUACAGAUGUGGUCGUUCUGAAGACUCUGGAGUCAUUAGCUGUUGGUCAGACGCUAUUGGCUGAGAUCUUGGAGCGAGAGGACACACCGCUCAUUGUGCUGUAUGACACCUCUCAGAAUGAGGAUGUCAAUGUGAAUGCUGUCUGUUUGAAAGCUUUGCAGGAUAAAUCGAUGGAGAAUCCUCUACAGGUGAACAGUGUGUACACGCAUGUGUGCGUGACAAAUGUGUGCUCUGAUGGCAGUAUUUAUUGUCAAUUACCUUCGCGGGGUCAGGCCAAGCUCAAAGACAUCAUGGACAAGAUCGAGGCGCAUUUUAUCUCUCAGCUCACAUGGGAGUUGCUGGUGUCAAAGCCGUUUUGUGGGAAGGUGUGUCUAGCUAAAAACAAAGGCAAAUGGGCGAGAGCAGAGAUCAUUAAUCUUCAUGGUAGCCAAGUGUUAGACAUCCUGUUCUUGGAUUUGGGACUUCCUGCUUCUCUGGAGGUUAGCGAGCUUCGAGAGAUCCCACCCAUCUUCCUCAGAGAGCUCACCACCAUACCUUCACAGGCUAUAAAGUGUCUCCUGGCAGAUGUGAACACAGAUGGGAAUGUUUGGCCUCCUGAAGCCGUUUUGUGGUUGAGAGAAACGUUUCGCAACAAAGCCCCUAACUGCAUGAAGAUCGUGAAACUUGAUGAGAGCAGAACAGUCCACAUUUACCUGUUCAGCGGUAACGGAGAUCAAGACUUUCAGAGCAGCAUUAACCGUCAGCUGGCCUCCUGUCCGUUCUGGCAUCGGGACAUCUACCUUACCAGGAUCUCCAGGGUUACUGAACCUUCCUUGGUUGAGAAGUGGAACGCACCCUGUCCCCCUAAUACCCUCACCAUGCCCCCUCAGCUGGAGUUACCCCAGGUGGGGCAAAACAUGGAUGUGUUUGUGUCGGUUGCAUGCCACCCUGGACACUUUGUACUGCAGCCGUGGCAGGAUCUGUACAAGCUGGUGGUGCUAAUGGGAGAGAUGAUCCUGUAUUACAACAAACAGGAAGUCACUCAAAUCGACAUUCAGAAAAACGCUAUCUACGCUGCCAAGAUCGACAACAACUGGCAUCGUGUUUUGGUAAAGGGCAUCCUGGCCAAUGGCUUGGUCUCAGUCUACGAGUUGGAUUAUGGGAAGUACGAGUUGAUUAACUAUUCGCAUCUUCAGCCACUUAUCAAUGAGUUCAGACAGCUGCCAUUCCAGGGCGUAUCUGCUCAGCUGGCGGGUGUAAAACAGGGGGUCUGGUGUGAGGAAGCCGCUAUGGUGUUCCGAAACCAUGUGGAAAAGAAACCACUGGUGGCACAGAUCGAGUCGAUUGAAGAGGGGGAGUGGCCUUGGGAGUCCAAAAUCUCUGUCUUCCUCGUCGACACCACACAGGAAAACAAUGACAUCUGGAUCCAUAACAUCAUGGUGGAGUUUUUAGAUGAGCUCAGCAGCACUUCUUGAGACUAAUUUUCCUUGUAAGCCAAGAGACUAAAGAAAUCACCUGUAACGCACACAAUCAAUGGAGGAUUCAAGAUCCUGGUGAUUUCGUAAUUGUUUUGUGGAUACUCAUCCAUGUCGUCUAGUUUUUUUACCCAUGUUCAAACAUUUAUUCAAUUUCAAAUAACGUUCUGAGCGCCAUGGAAAAGGAUCGUUUCAUCCUUUGGCUGUUGUGAUCAACAAAAUAUGUUACAGUUUGCAAAUUAACUCCAUAUUGCCUGAACAACUUUUGUAUCUUUGCAAUUGGGUCAUGUGUGUUAUAUAAGUACUUACGUGAUUUGUGUAUGUUUUUGUGUGUGUGGGACACUUGCUUUUGUUUUAACUAACUUUAUUUUGCACCUUGGUUUUUUUGUGCUGCAUUUGUGUGUUUUUACAAGGGAAAAUGGCCAAAUUGUACAAGAACAUUUGUGUUUAAAUGUUCAGGUUUAUUUUAUUUUGUUAAUAUUUGUUUCAGACCAUUAAACAAAGAU